CAAGGCUGAACCACGCGCCGAUCCUCCACUUGUCUUUCUGUCGGCCUCGUCCUAUUCUUUGAUCUUUUGUCAGUCCACGACAACCGUCUUGCUCUCGGUUCCUUAUGCGCCCAACAACAUGAAGACACUAGGCCAGUCAUAACAACUAUAAGAACUGCGGUAAACACUCCGCCCGGACGAAAACCAUGGAGGGUGACACUGCGGUCCUAAAUGGCGGACAACAGAACGGCCACGGUCCACGCGCCGCUGUCUCCAACAACGACACCAACACACAAGCACAUGCUCCGAUAGCCGCCGAUUCAGAACAUCUACAAGUCAUUGAUGUGAAAGCAAGCGUCGAAGAUGGUGACGAGCACUCCAACACAGCAACCAGCCAUCUUCCAUCCCCGCGUCUUACCGCAAGCGACCUGGCAGCGCGAGCUGCCCACAACACCGACAUAACAUCUGCGAAAGCUACGAACGGCACCACGGGUCCAGAACCCUCGAACGACCGCCUUACCCCCGUCAACGAGACAUUGCCCUCUGCUACUCCCACCGAGCCCUUCGUGCCUUUCGUCCAUCUCUUGACACCCGAGCCCGAGAGUCAACCAACAGCAGCUCCGGCGCAACCUCUCAGUCCCAACCACUCCAAGACCCGAAGCCGAUCAGGGACAAAGACAGCUGCUCAUGAUGGAGUUCGCCGUCUGUCCGCGUCCAAGAUCCAAGAACUGACGAACGCUCCCGAGUCUCUGCCCAUUGCGACAGCUCCCGACCGCCAGCCCGCUGAGCCUACAUUCUCACCAGCUCUCGCCGAAGUAAGCUCCAGACUCCAGUCUCAACUGGGAAUCGCAAAUGGGAAUGGUCCAAAUACAACAAGCACGAGAACUCACCCGCAAAGACCUACAAUCGCCCCGCGAACGGUGUCUACUCCACCGGUGAGCAGGCGUCUGACGGCCACAGCCGCCCAACAAGCUCAUCCAGCUCAGCAAGCCUCGAUCCGUCGCAACUCGUACCAGCCGAAUCCUCGACCGCCGCCUCUCGAUCUCGAUGGAACAAGCAACUUUGACCCUGGCGCCGAACCCAGGGCCGGCCCUCCACCACGCCAGCCCGAGCCUGACCCGGCGCCCCCAUCCCCCAUACCGCAGUCUAUCCCUUUACCGCCCAUGUCAGUACCUACACUCUUACAACUCGAGCUGGCUGGAUCGCGACCGAGUCCCCUAUACAUCCACCACUCGUACACUAGCGACAUCCCCUACGAGUCCAGCGCAAUCAAGUUCGAGCGGUUGAAGAACUUCUUGAUUCUACCCUUCGUCCUCGAGAGAUCUAUAACCUUUGGUGCUUUGGCUUGUCUGGACGCUUGGUUAUGGACCUUCACUAUCCUACCAAUGCGCUUUGGGAUUGCCGUGUCAAUACUCCUUCAGUGGUGGGGAUACGUUAUCGGCAAAGAAACUCGAUGGCUGGUGGGAUUCGUGUGGUACGGCCUUGGACGGAUGUGGAGGCGCGGUCGGCGUGGGCGGUCAGAGUCCGUGGCCAGUACCGAUGGUCAGCGGUCACGGAGUCAAAGUCGGGUACGGGAGCAGCCGGUAAAUAACAGUACCAGUGCCACCACCGCCGGCGCCGACACCCGUCAUCCCAACCUCCGCAUGGCUCCCGGGACCAAGCCCCCCGGUCCCAGCCGCCGAGGCAGAGGCUACCUUGGCCACCGUCGGACCAAAUCCAACCCGUCCAACCUGACGCACUACAACAAAGCCGACCUUCUCCAAGGCGCCGUCGUCAUCGUCUCCUCCAUCGCCCUCAUGUCCCUCGACGCCUCGCGCAUGUAUCACUCUAUCCGCGCUCAAUCCGCCAUCAAGUUGUACACCAUCUACAACCUGCUCGAAGUGGGCGACCGUUUGUUGGCUGCCCUCGGGCAAGACAUCUUCGAAUGCUUGUUCAGCAACGAGACGUUGUCGAGGGAUAGUCUAGGCCGCAGCAAGGUCUUGCUCCCCUUGGGCAUCUUUUGCUUGGCGCUGGUGUACAACAUUCUGCAUGCGGUUAUCCUGUUUUACCAGGUGAUAGCGCUGAACGUGGCUGUUAACUCGUAUAGCAACACCCUGCUCACGCUGUUGAUGAGUAACCAGUUCGUUGAGAUCAAGUCGGCUGUGUUCAAGAGGUUCGAAAAGGAGAAUACCUUCCAGAUGGCCUGUGCCGAUAUCGUCGAGCGGUUCCAGCUGUGGAUCAUGCUGUUGAUCAUUGCCAUGAGGAACGUGGUCGAGGUUGGCGGGCUUAGUGUGCCCGGGUAUGGCAGCGAAGAUGCAGGCCCUAGUUCCUUUCCGCUGCAUACGGCGAGUAUACUGCCCGCGAGCUUUACUAUCCUCCCCAGCUGGUUGUGGAGCGGGGAAGUGUUGAGCCCGUUUGUGGUGGUCAUUGGCAGCGAGAUGGUGGUGGAUUGGAUCAAGCAUGCUUAUGUGAUCAAGUUCAAUAAUAUCAAGCCGAACUUUUAUAGCAGGAUUCUGGAUAUCUUGUGUAAGGAUUAUUAUACGAAUGCCUUCGUAACGCCCCAGUUAACCCGCCGCCUCGGCCUCCCCCUUUUGCCCCUAUCCUGCCUCUUCAUCCGCGCCUCCUUCCAGAUCUACAACAUGUUCGUCGCCGUCCAUGUUCCCACCCCCUUGCCGCCCUCUACGCAGACUUCACUAUCCGUUGAUUCAGCUACACCCUCUCCAGCUAUGCUAGCCGCUUUGGACCGUCUAGACAAGAAGAUCCGCAUCGCUCUAGGCCGAGCGGUAUACGGCUACCCUUUCGGAGAAUCCGGUGGACUAGGGGAUAACGUUUCUGGUCCGGCCUCGGCUCCCAUAGGGGAUAUACCCGAACCAGCUGGCCUCGCAACUCACAUUUGGCACUCGGUGUCCAAGUGGUUGCCCGAGUGGAAAUGGACAUCCGACGACGUCAUUGCUUUCCUGACCAUGAUAACCGUCUUUCUUCUGAUCUUCUUGGUGCUUCUUAUCUUCAAGCUUUUACUAGGCAUGCUUCUACUCAGAUACUCGCGCGAUCGAUACGCGAGGAUGAAGGUUAAAGAGGCUGCCAUUGCUGCUGGACAAGCGGAGAAGGAGUCAUUUGAGACAAAGGGCAAGAGGGUGGGAGGGUUUGGACAGGUCGAGGUGGGAGAAGAAAGAAGGAGGUGGAUUUUUGCUGAUGAUCCUAAGGGGCUCAACAAAGUGCGGGAGAGGGAGAAGGGGGGUGGAGGAGGGAAGGGGGGAGGGGGAAAACAAGAGAAGGAUUUGGGAACGGUGAUGAGGUAUGAGAUGAUUGCCAAGAGGAUAUGGUAAAGAGAUGCCAUUCUGGGAGAGCAAAAGCGAAUGAAGUUUGAGGUUAUUUAUUCAUUACACCCGGGGCCAGAAAAGACGUAUGACACUAUCCCUGUAUCCACAUACCUCUGUUAUUGGAGUUCGGCUGGAACAAAAGGCAAUGCAACAUCUUCCCUUCCUGAUAGCCUGCGGCGUCAUUGGCAUCUGCAGUUGGGUAAUGCUGUCUUUAAACAGAGGUGCGCGAGUUUUCCUUCCUAAGCAAAUCACCCUUGCUGCUCCUGCACGGUUCCCGAAUAUGCCUCUAUUAUUCCUUAUCGUAUCAAUCGAGGUUCCAUGACCGACGAUCGCCGUUGCGAGG